AUGAAUGAGCGAAUUUUUGAGCAUAUUUCAGAGCGGUAUGAUGAACUUGGUCAGCUGGAGGUUGGGGAGGAGCAUCUUACUGUUAUGUCCAACGUUUUUGCUCAGAUAGGAACUCUUGAUGUUGAUGGCAUUAGAAAGUUGUGGACCUCGGUAGUUAUUCCUCAACUACGUAUCUCUAUGAAUGGUCAAACUCUUUCCAAUUGUAUUGAAAAUUUAACGAUGAAACUUGAAGAAAAUACUGUUUUUUGUGAUAUAGGGAGUGGUAUAGGAAAUGUUUGUCUUCAAAUUUUGGCCGAGACUCGUUGCAAAAAGGUGAUGGGGGUUGAGAUUAUUCCUUCAAGAUGUCGUAGUGCAGUAAUUGCACUGGCAAAUGCAAAGCGUUAUUAUCCUGAGUAUUUUGCCGGCAAAAAUGCUAUUUUUCUUAACGAUGACUUCGUGAACUGUGUCUCACGCUUAACGGAAGAACGUGUUAACGUGAUAUUUGUUCAUUCAUGGAUGUUUGACGAUGAUUUAAUGCUAAAGUUGACGGAAGUAGUCACCGCGGUGCCAACAGUGCUUUGUGUUGUGACAUCACGUAAACUUGCUGAUAGAGCUUUGCAGGGCAGUCUACUUAAGCUUGUUUCGCAAAUUCAUCUGACAGCUGAUUGGAAUGACCAUGCCCCUUUUUACGUGUACACCAAAAGCUCGGCAGCAUGA